GGCGACGCCGAGCAAGAUGGCGGCCUCCGUGCUGGCUGCCUCCUGCCGGGCCGGGGUCGGUUGCCGGGGGCAACGGCCGCUGCUCCGCUUGCGCGGCCUGUGCAGAGGAGCGAGUUGUUCGAGCGCUGGCGGAAAGACGCACUUCGGGUUCCAAACGGUGUCGGAAGCGGAGAAAGGAGCGAAGGUUUACAAAAUAUUUGAAAAUGUGGCGAAGAAGUAUGAUCUAAUGAAUGAUUCAAUGAGUCUGGGAAUCCAUCGUGUUUGGAAGGAUAUCCUGUUGCGCCAAAUGAACCCUUACCCUGGAACCCAGCUGCUUGAUGCUGCUGGAGGGACUGGUGAUAUCGCCUUUCGGUUUAUCGAUUAUGUUCGUUCCCGGUGGGAGUAUCAGGUCCGACAGAAACUGAGAUCCCAUCAGAAUUUAUCGUGGCAGGAGAUCACCAGCCUUUACCAGGAAGAGGAGCAUGGGUCUCUAGGGGGGUCCCACGUAGUGGUCUGUGACAUUAACAAAGAGAUGCUGAAGAUUGGGAAGCAGAAAUCACAACAACUGGGCUACUCUGAUGAAGUACCAGGACAGUCAUCAGCUGCUCACCCUUUGUUCUGUACGGCACCAGGACUGUCCUGGGUGCUUGGAAAUGCUGAAGAGCUUCCCUUUAAUGAUGACAGCUUUGACAUUUACACAAUUGCGUUUGGUAUUCGAAAUGUCACUCAUAUUGACCAGGCACUUCAGGAGGCUUUUCGAGUUCUGAAACCAGGAGGACGCUUUCUCUGCCUAGAAUUUAGUCAAGUCAACAACUCACUUAUUUCCAGUCUCUAUGAUCUGUAUAGCUUCCAGGUUAUCCCUGUUCUGGGUGAGGUUAUUGCUGGUGACUGGAAGGCCUACCAGUAUCUCGUGGAAAGCAUCAGGAACUUUCCUACUCAGGAGACAUUCAAGGAGAUGAUUGAAGAUGCAGGCUUUCUGAAGGUGGACUAUCAAAACCUGGGUUCAGGCAUUGUCGCCAUCCAUUCUGGCUUCAAGCUCUGACCUUCAUCUUUGUCUUUAAAAAAAAAUGAGGACGGAAUUUUCUAAUGGUAGAAUUCAAAUGCUUGGUCUUUCCAGCAUACUUGGCACCAUGUCACCAAAACAGACAUAGGAAAUGGAUUGAUCCCUUGGAAGAAUCUAAAUUUCAAGUUUCAAAAAAGGCAAAUGUUGUUUUUGGAAAUCAUUUGACAAGUGUCUCUACUUGAAGCAGCUGUUCUCACUGGACUACAUUAACCACUUAGAAACGGGAUUUAAUAUCAGUGAUUUACUUUUAUAUUUGAUGUGUUUCUAUGAAGUGCACAAGAGAACAUUCACACUGUAAGACUCCAUUCCUGUGUUUCAACCAUUUGAAUAACAACAUGUAGCAAAGGAGACAAAAGACAAACCCACUUGCUUAACCCACUUUGAGCCAAUCUGUCAACAACAGUUAGCUGAUGAAGUUCUUUGGUGUAUUUAUUAAAAAUAAUAUUUAGAUUUUCAAA